GAAAUUGAGCUUCACUCCAAUGUCUGCUUGAUGAUGAUACAGUGAAUAUCUCUAUAUAAUCGCUAAAAUUCUUUAUUUUUAUAUUGAGGUUGAGAGUACUUAUUUGUUGGCGAGAGAGAGAGAGAGAGAGAGAGAGAGAGAGAGAGAGAGAGAUGGAGGUCGGGUUUUUGGGGCUGGGAAUAAUGGGGAAAGCCAUGUCCAUGAAUCUGCUUCGCCAUGGCUUCAAGGUCACCGUUUGGAACAGGACCCUCUCUAAGUGUGACGAGCUCGUGGAGCAUGGUGCUUCUGUUGCAGAAACCCCUGCAGCAGUGGUUAAGAAGUGCAAGUAUACAAUUGCAAUGUUAUCUGAUCCUUCUGCUGCCUUUUCGGUGGUUUUUGGCAAAGAUGGCAUUCUUGAGCAGAUUUGUGCCGGAAAAGGUUACGUUGACAUGUCUACAGUUGAUGCUGAUACUUCUACAAAGAUUAAUGAGGCAAUUACAGCAAAGGGUGGUUACUUCCUUGAAGCUCCUGUUUCAGGUAGCAAAAAGCCUGCCGAAGAUGGUCAAUUAGUUAUCCUUGCAGCUGGGGAGAAGGCAUUGUACGAGGAAGUGAUUCCUGCUUUUAAUGUCAUGGGAAAGAAGUCUUUCUACCUGGGGCAGGUUGGAAAUGGAGCAAAAAUGAAACUUGUUGUCAAUAUGAUAAUGGGAAGCAUGAUCAAUGCAUUCUCUGAGGGACUUGUUCUUGCUGGAAGAAGUGGACUGGAUCCUAGUGUUCUUCUUGAUGUAUUGGAUCUGGGUGGAAUUGCAAAUCCAAUGUUUAGAUUGAAAGGACCCACUAUGAUUCAGGGCAGUCACUCUCCUGCAUUUCCUUUAAAACAUCAGCAGAAAGACAUGAGAUUAGCUCUUGCCCUUGGGGAUGAAACUGCUACAUCAAUGCCAGUAGCUGCUGCAGCUAAUGAGGCUUUCAAGAAGGCAAGAAGCAUGGGGCUUGGGGACCUUGACUUUUCAGCUGUGUAUGAGACCGUGAAGGCACUUGAACAACCCUCUCAAAAAAACUAACUGCUUGAAGCAAAGCUUUGUAUCAUUACUCAAAGGGUGAUUCUAUGCUCACCCUAAAACUUUGCUCUCAACUCUGCAGGAUUUAACAAUAAACAAGUUUUAUGGGCACGUUUCUCUCCUUGUAAAAUACUUAGUUACUUCAAAGCUCGAAACUCUAAGCAAUAAAAUAUUUCUUAAAAUAUUUCAAGAAAAAAAGGGAUAUGAUGUUUAAGCCAUCAA